AUGAAAUCCCCAUUGACCAACAAUACUGUAUACGACUUAACUGAUGAUGAGGCCGGUGCUUCAACGUCGGGUGCGCUGCCUGCUGCUGGCGGGCUGCGAUCGGUGGUCAUACAGAAUGGAAGCGCCGCCGGGCCCCGCGCGGUGGACGCGCCGGCCCCCGCGCCCCCUCCCGCACCCGCCGCCGCCGCGCCGGCGUGCGCGCCCGCGGCCGCGACCACCACGCCGGCUGCGCCCGCUCCCGCGCCUACAUCCGCAGCUACCACCACACAGGUGACCGGUGAACAAAUUGGUUUACAAGAAUCUACGCCGAUUGUGACCGUGCUUGAUCCCGGUUUAUUAUGUUUGUUGGGCGAUGAGCCCGAAAAAGAAGAAACAUUUGGUCCUUGCAUUCACGACGAUAUCUCAACGAGAUGGUCCGACAUUCUAGUUAAUGGCAGGAGCAGGACCGUCGACAUCGAGGGCUUUAAACUGGAGGGGGCAGCCGUCGUCGGCGUCGCGGCCGCCGCUUCGCCAGAGUCGCCAGACGCCAGCGAGGACGAGCUACACGCGUGGCGGGCGCAGACCGCCGCCGCCGUCCCGCCGCGCGAGCGACCGCCGAGCGCCGCCGCCGCGGCCGCACGCCCGGACCUCGCGCCGCUAGCAUCGGAUGCCGAUACACAACCUCAGGCUGUUAAACUGACGUAA